AUAAAAUUUAUAUUAGUGAUUUAGGAUUAUGUAAACCUGUAAAAUCAUUUUUGAAAAAAUAUGAUAUUUAUGGUGUUAUACCAUUUAUGGCACCAGAAGUUUUAAGAGGCAAUUCUUAUACUCCAGCUAGUGAUAUAUAUAGUUUUUCUAUGAUUAUGUGGGAGUUUACAUCUGGGAUACCACCAUUUAAUAAUAGAGCACAUGAUAUUCAACUUAGUUUGAGUAUUUGUGAAGGUGAACGUCCUGAAAUUAUUGAAAAUACUCCACAAUGUUAUGUAGAAUUGAUGAAAAAGUGUUGGGAUGUAACCUCAUUAAAAAGGCCAUCUUCUAAAGAAGUGUUAGAUAUUAUUGAAAAAUGGAUUUCUCCAUAUAAUAAUGUUAAAGAUAUUAAUGAGGAAUUAAAAUACAAUAUUAUGGAAUUUAUAAAUGCACCAAUUGGGCAUAACAAUAAUCUUGUUACUGGAUCUCAUUCACAGGCAUAUUAUACAAGUCGCUUACUUGAUUUUACUAGUAAACAAUUGAAUGAAAUUCUUGAAAUGAAGAUUUACAAGCUAAUGUAAAAGUGAAUGAAAUGCCAGUAAGUGAAGAUUUGGAUGAUUGUUUAAUUUGAAUUCAUUAGGUAUGUAAUAUAACAGUUAUAUAAAAAGAAUUAAUUUUGCAAAUUAUUUAUGUGAAUUAAUUUUAUUUGUUUAGUUAAUUAUUUAGAUGUUUUUAUAAGAAUUUAUAGUUUUUUUUAA